UCCACGCCAAUAAAAAACACAUGUAGCCCAAUUUUUUUUAUUUUUUUCCCCUACCUAUGCUUAUAGCCUUGUGAGGCUAUUUCAAACUGGAGUGUUGCUAACACUGGCCCUAGCUAGGGCAGUACUUCGCAGAAUCUACCACCGGAUCGGAAACAUGACCCACUGAGAAGAUCCGGCGAGAAACUCAGUGGGCUGUAUGUGUGUGGGUUAAUUCGCUCGUCGAGCCCUUCGUCGCAAGCGACGGAUUCGAAUACUCGUAAUAAUGAUUGUAUACUUGAUAAAAAGUGCAAAAGUGUAGGAAAUUGUAACAAAAUCUUAAUCAUAACAAUUUUUAAAACAGUUUACCGCUAUUUUACUGUGAAAAUAUUUCAAUGAAUUUCACCUCAUAGUCAGUUUUACAUAAAUCGUGUUUCAUUUAAUUCGCUCCAUUCCAAUUUUUGGUGAAGAUUUAACUGAAAGUCUUGAUACCAUCGCUUUUCGUGUUUAAAAAAAUGAAACUACAACUAUGCUACGUCAAAGUCAAAAUGGCGAAAAUAAAAUAUAUUUUCCUUUCAGAAAAAAACACAAGCGAAGACGUGUGAGCUUUUGUGUCACUUAUAAAAUAUGCUUGUAAUAUAAAUUUAAAUUGUUAAUAUGAAAGCAAAGUGAUUAAAAAUAUCCGAAACGUGCGUAUAUGGCAGUACUUGGAAAGCAAAAAAAAAAUGUUGAUGUUUGUUAUAAAUUUAUGUUUUAUAUAAGUAACUUUCGCAAGAAGUCGCGAUGUUGACUACCGUGAUAAUGUUAUUCUUGGCAAAAACGUCGCUAGCUUACGAAAUGCGAUGCAGCGAUCAAAAAAAUGAAAGUGUUAGUUUUAUGCCGUCGAACGACGGUGUCAUGGGUCGGUACGUAGUGGAGGUAUGCAUGAAGUCCAUUCCAAAUCCUAAGGAAUGGGCUCUCGAUCUCAUGGUCGAAGAGCGCGCUCGCACGUACUCAAAGACCCUUUAUGCUAGGAAACCUGGAGAAACGCAUUCAAUGUUCAAAGCCUACUAUACAGAUGAAAAUUUCAAAGAAUUGAAUUGUACACACGUGUGCUUGACCCUUAACUUUGAGAUGAUAUUUAGCAGCUGUUACUUAUUGGUGUCUGUUUUAACUGGAGAUUAUACUGGCACACCAUAUCUUACAUAUCACAACAUUACAAAUAACUACACAAGAAAUAACUUUAGUGGAGAGCCCAUAGUCAGCUACUAUGGGCAUGAAAAAUUUGCAAGCAUCGAUUUCUAUACAGCAGCUCCACCAGAUCUUUACGACAUAUUCCUCUGUCCGAAAUCAAAUUUGCAUGCGAACUGCUUGAAUAUGAUGAACAAUUGCACCAUAACUUUCUCCCCGGCGAAGGUCCACUGUUCUCUCAGUGAGGCUGGUUGCCACAUCUUGGAACUGAGCGUGAAUGAGGCACCUUGGAAACAUGGGAUGUUCAAGAACCAAUCCAACACUAUCUAUGAGUUUUCGAUCACGUUGCAUCAGGUGAGCCACAAGCUGGAGUGGCACAGUGUGAUGAUGCGUGCAGGCUGGCGGCCGGGCUCGGCGCCCACGGUGAGCGGCUGGGGAGGCGGCGCGGCGUGGCUGGCGGGCGCCGUGCUGGCGGCCGCGGCGCUGCUGCUGCUGGGCUGCCGGCUCCGCGCCUCGGCCCACUUCCGGAAGCGCGUGCUCUACUACUGGACCAGGAGGAGCGAGACGGCGGCCCCGCCCCCGCCCCCGCCCCGCGGCGCCCCCGUGCUGCUGCUGUACGCGCGCGAGGGCGCCGCCGGACAGCGCGUCGUCAACUCGCUGCGGGACCUGCUGCAGGCGACUUGCGGGGUCAAGGUGCAGGACGUGUACAGCGCGGAGUGGCAGCGCGCGUGCGGCGCCGACCCCGCCGGAGCCCUGCGCGCCGCCCUGGAGCCGCGGGGCUGCGCGCGGCUGGUGCUGCUGCAGACGCCGGCGCUGGGCGCGCUGCACGCCGCCCCCGCCGCGCCGGACGCCGGGCCGCUGCUGGGCGAGCGCGUGCUGUACCGCGCGCCGCACUUCGCCGACACGCUGCUGCCCUACGCGCUGCGCCUGCUGGUGGGCACGGCGCACCUGCGCGCGCCCUACCGCCGCCUCUACCUGGCCACGCUCACCGACCUGGACACGGACGUGUUCCCGCAGCUCGUCCCCUACGUGCGCUACCGCCUGCCCGACGCGCUGCCCGCCCUGCUGCGCGACCUGGGCGCGGGCCCGGAGCCGGCUGCGGGGGACGCGCACGACCAGCUGGCGGCCGCCAUCCAGGAGUUCGUGGUCCACGUGAGGAACAACCCCGACUACCUCACGGAGGAGCUCGUGCUGGUGUCGUGACCCGCGCCGCGCUCCCCAGGGCUCGUGUCCGCGAAGCUUUGGCCGGUGUUGUGCGCGUGAACUUAACUUAAAGGCAUAUUACUGUUAUAAAAUCAAGUAAGUACAAAUAAGUUUUUGGUUUGAUUUGUGUAAACUUAAAAAAUAGGAUCUCAUGUAUUUACAAUUUAAACAAAUAUUUAUAGAAAGAGCCGCGCGACACGUCACGUGCGCGCUGUACAGUGAGUGCCAAAGUUACAGUCUGCAUCCGGGUGGGAGGCAAUAAUAUUCACUUGGCAUUUCUAUUUUGUUACGAAGUUUAUACACUUUUAGAUAAGUAAUGGCCAAAUGGGGUGAUUCGGGACAAAUUCCAACUUGAUGAACAAUUCUAAGAUAGUUCUUGAUGUUUAAAAUGCUAUAUCAGGAUCAAAAUGAUUGAGUCUUGGGGCUAUCUUUGUUAUCCAAUUUAAAGCUAUGCAAUUAGCAUUCCAGUUUAAGCCAAAAAAGCAAAAAUAGGUGCUAUCCCUAUUUACCCAGAAAUUGCUGUUAUAGGGGACAAAAUUACUGUUAAUAGUGAAAUUUGCUAAGGCUGGCACUCCUUGGUUUUAAUUAAUUUAUUUAUUUAGUUGCACCAACAAAGUGAUCAUCAAUAAAAAACAUUGAAAAACUGACAAAUGACAAAAGUACAUGGCAGAUGGCAUGAAUUAUAGGUGCAAUCGACAGUGCAUUGACAACAAAAAUAAAAAUAUAUAACUAAAACUUGAUUACAUUUAAUUACUUAUGAUUAAUUUAUAUUUACUUGGGAAAUUACCCGUGACAGAUUUUUCUUGUAAGUUGUGAGACAAUUAGAAAAAAACAUCUAUUUCAUCACUUAAAAUUAGUUCAACGCAAUCGGACAACUCCGAAUGAAAAUUGACGGAGACCGCGCUAUCGUGGAGAUUAUUGUAGUCCCAAAGGAUUCUGUUUAAGGGAGAGUAAGCACCUAAAUUCGAACGAGCGAGCUUUCUUGUAAGCGGUUUAUAUUUUUUUGUUCUUAGUAAGUACUUAGGGGCUGAUAUUUUUAUCUGGGUUAAGAGAUUAGGUUUGUCCGUUAUUCCAUGAAUUAAUCAGGUGGAUACCCCCACUCUGAACAAAUAUUAAUAUAUUUUAUUAUGUAUUACUAACACAUUUUUGUCCACCUUGAGGUUUCAUCGUUCUUGUUACAUGUCUGUGCAAAACCGACUUACUUAUGGUAAAUUGCUUAGGUAUUUCAACUAAAGACUUAUUCCUAAUUUCAUAGGCUUCUAUUACUGUUUUUAAUAUUAAGGGAUCAUAUCUCUUAUAAGGAUUUGCACUCUUUGAUACGUACACGCGAGACACAUCUAAAAUAGAAAACAACAUGUAACUGAUAAUAUAAAUAUUUGCCAAACAAUAAAAUAACACUGCAUUGAUAAUUUUGAAUAAAAGUUCUAGACAAAAACAUCAUGAAUAAACCAGAUUCUUACCAACAAAUUUAAAAAAUAUUGUUAUAACUACAUAGACAACCCUACAAACCUGUACCUAUUUAUACUUAGUUUGUUUCCAUUUUACUUAUUCUCACCCCUUUUUCGUUGUUAUUUGUACCUGAGACGUCCCCAAUAUCCCCAAAAACAACAGAUUUUUACAUGUAUUUUUAUUUUAUCAAAAACAUUAAAACAACUGAGAUUUACCUUUAAUAUAUAUGAUGGUUCAAACACUAAAUAACGUUUAUAAAUCACAGUCCUCUUCUAUUAUUAUUAGAUAAAUAAAAGAAAUCAAAGUUUCUUAGACUAAAAUAAUUACCACCGCAAGAAGUUAAUUUGAAACGCGAUUUUUUAUAAGUUAGCAGCAAUUAUCAUGCAUAUUCAGAGUUGUUUUGUGAACUUUCAACAUUCUACUAUUACACUACAAAAAAUAGAAGAUUUUGAAACGAUUAAAAAACUAAUAUUAAGCGUCGAAAGAUUUUCCUGGUUUUUUCCCCAUUCCUCAAUCCCUAACCGCCCCUUUUUACGGUACUGUUUGUUAAAUUCAGUCAUUUUAAUAGGUAACAUUUGCCGUCUGUCAGCUUUAUCUUCAUAGUGAAGUGACCUGCUUAAAAACAUCGAUCAAAGUGAAUGAAUCGAUACGAACUUGAAACAUAUGUGAAUUUUAAAAAUCAUCAGGCGAAUCCCUGUCCCAUUAUUAUUUUUUCUGUCGUAAAUUUAAAGAGCAAAAUAAGACAAGUACGUAAUUCAACAAAAAUGCUGCAUUUAUUCAGUUGAACUAUCAGAACUGUUAUUAAUAUUGUUAUAUUCAUCGCUGCUGUCAGCAUUGAGAUAUUAUUAAUUCAUUUGUCCAGUCUUCUGCAGUGACUUCUGCACACUGCUUAUAAAAGUCGUCGUGGCCUAAAGGAUAAAACGUCCGGUGCACUCGUAUAUAGCGAUGCAACGGUGUUCGAAUCCCGCAGGCGGGUACCAAUUUUUCUAAUGAAAUACGUACUUAACAAUUGUUCACGAUUGACUUCCACGGUGAAGGAAUAACAUCGUGUAAUAAAAAUCAAACCCGCAAAAUUAUAAUUUGCGUAAUUACUGGUGGUAGGACCUCUUGUGAGUCCGCACGGGUAGGUACCACCGCCCCGCCUAUGUCUGCUGUGAAGCAGUAAUGCGUUUCGGUUUAAAAGGUGGGGCAGCCGUUGUAACUAUACUGAGACCUUAGAACUUAUAUCUCAAGGUGUGUGGCGCAUUUACGUUGUAGGUGUCUAUGGGUUCCAGUAACCACUUAACACCAGGUGGGCUGUGAGAUCGUCCACACAUCUAGGCAAUAAAAAAAAAACAUCAGAUUCAUCAUUUUGGCAGUACUGAAGGGUGGUUCAGUAUUGUUUAUAUUCCAAUUUAUAGCCAGGUAAACAUAGUCAGUAAAAUCAGUCCAAUAAAAAAGUCGGGUCAGAAGAAAAUAGCAGAGAGCACACCAAAAACAGUCACUUCGCACAACGACAGAAGGCUGCGUCAUGCAAUGGCGUCAUCGAUAGGCACUGGUGUUGCCAACAACAUCCCACCUACAUUGUACCUAACAUCAAUUAUUUUUCUAUUUGUUUUUUGUAUUUAUAUAGUUAGUUAAAAGAAUAAUAAAUAUAAUUGUGUUUUAUUAUAAUCACAACGUGGUUAUUGAUCACAAGUAAUCAUUGCAUUCGAUUUUACUUAUCAGCUUUCGAUUUUUAGAGUAACAUCCCUAGUGUUUAAAAAGAAAAAGUGUUAACUGACGAAACAUUGUAACAACGUUCAGUUCUUUAGAUCAGAAAUUGUUUAUUAUUGUUAGAAUGGUUUAUUAGUGAAAGCAAAUCGUAAAAUUACUCGUAUCGAUCAUUAUUACAAUAAAUAUGUAAUCAUAAUUGAAAAAAGUGUGCAGUUGUAACAAAACGAAAAAAUAUAUUAUUUUGCCCGCCGUUACAAGGCUACGUUGUUGAAUUUUGAUGAAUUGUCAAAUGUUACCUAUUAAAAUGACCUAUGUGUAGAGAUUGUAAUUUUUACAUAUUUUUAGGUAUAAUUGUAUAUUUAUAGGUAUAAUUGUAUUUUUAUAAAUAAAUAUUGUUGUAUAGUUAUAAGGUGCAUUUUUGUAACGACCUAAGAAUGUAAAAAAAAAUUAAAGAUAUGUAAAGUCAAGUUAUUAA